UCGCUAAGCAAGAAAGCAGCAGUGACGGGAGGAAACCAACAAGACAACCUCAACAGUGUUUGGCUAAGACGGGUUCCGUUUUGUGCCUGUCAGUAUAAAACACUAAACUGCUCACACUAAUGCAAAAGUCUGUCAGGUCAGAGCUGGCAUGUAUUGACCGAACAAGAGAGUCUCUUUUACAAUCCGACCACAACACUUUACAACUUAUCUGUGCAAGUGAGUGCUGAAAGCUCUCACUCCUCUGCGGUGGCAGAAAAUAUGCGACCUGCGACCCCUAAGCAUCAUGACGGUAUGUUGCCGUCAGCGCCAAUAUCUGGGCCGGCGUCUCAAGCGGAUCAAGAAGCUCACUACCGCUUCCUCCACAGCAUGUUGAUGGAGAAGAAGCUCCACCUGCUCUUUAAGAUCUACGAGCGACUGCGACGCUUUGUGAAGCGAGGUCCCGUUCCCGUUGAAGAGCGUGCAACCAGUCUGGCCUCGCAUUUUUUGGAAGACCUGACCCAGCAUGACUGGAGAGAGGAAGUUAAAGAACUGUUGGCCCUAUUUUCGAAACCUCACUUUAAGAGUCUUUUGUAUGUCCAUGACGCAGUGGCUCGGAGAGACUACGAGCCCACGCUGCCACCGAUACCUGACAACAUAACGGACGACGAAGACGACUCGGUCAAGAUUGUCAGUCUUGUCAAAACCAAAGAGCCCCUGGGAGCCACAAUUAAGAGGGACGAAUCCACCGGGGCCAUUGUUGUGGCGAGAGUCAUGCGAGGAGGGGCGGCCGACAAGAGUGGUCUGAUCCAUGAAGGAGACCAGCUAAAAGAGGUGAACGGUGUCUCUCUAGAACGCAGGAAGCCCAAAGAGGUUCUUCCUCUCCUGGCACGCUCUCGAGGUGACAUCACAUUCACAAUCGUUCCUGCCUCAUCCAAACAAGACGUGCCAUCCAAUAAAAAGUUAUUUGUGAGAGCACUAUUUGACUACAACCCAAACGAGGAUCCAGCGGUCCCGUGCAAGGAUGCAGCAAUUGCUUUUAAAAGAGGCGACAUCCUGCAAAUCGUCACCAUGGAGGAUGACGCCUGGUGGCAGGCCUGUUUAGUCGCUAAUAACAACACCCGAGCAGGACUCAUCCCCUCACAGCAGCUCCACGAGAGGAGAGUUGCACUACAACGACCCAAAGCCAUGUUCCAACCGCAGCAAGUCAAACCAGCAGUUUUUCCAGUCGAGGAGGAUGUCGACUACGGCGCGAUAACUGGAAUCCACAUUGCCGGCUUAAGAAAGAGUUUCCGACUUGGCAAGAAGAGUAAUUGGGUGAAAGAAGCAGCUCGUUCCAGAAGGUGGAGCUCCGGAGUUCAUGACUCCAUUUGUCCACCUACGUACGUCGAGGUCAUCCCUUACCAUAAAGAUCCUAAAGACAGACACCGUCUGGUGGUAUUGGUUGGUCCCAGCGGUGUUGGCGUGAACGAACUGAAGAGGCGUCUCCUGAUCUCGGACCCUGACCUCUACGGUGUAACUGUACCAUACACCACGCGUGACAAGAGAUGCCAAGAGACAGAAGGAAUGGAUUAUCAUUUUGUGUCGGUUCUCAAAUUCGAGGAGGACAUUCUCAACCACAGGUUUAUAGACUAUGGGAGAUACAGAGGCCACUACUAUGGAACAAGUCUGGACUCGGUUUACCGUGUCAUGGCUGAGGGCAAAGUGUGCCUACUGGACAUGCACCCUAGUAAACUCAAGCGUGUCUACACGUUUGAAUUUAAACCGUUUGUGGUUUUUGUGAAGCCACCACGUAUCGAGGAGUUACGCCUCACCAGAAGAAGAGUCAAAUUCAUCUGUGAUGAAGAGGACUCAAACCAAGCCAGGAUGUUCUCAGAGGAAGAUUUUGAAGACAUGAUUCACUUGGCUGAAACCAUGGAAGCCCAGCAUGGUUACAUGUUUGACAAGGUGCUCGUUAAUGGAGACAUUGCCACGGCCUUCAGAGAGCUCAAGGCGGACCUUCGGCGAAUGGAGGAGGAGGAGGUCUGCUGGAUUCCUGCGGAGUGGCUUCGCUUCUCGCCAACAAUGGCGAGGAGGAGUUGCGGCCUUCUGGCUGGCUGGAUUUGAACUUUUUAACGUAGAUGUAGGUGGAAUUUUAUAUGGAUUAGUAGGUUUCUGCUUGUAGCAUUCAUUUGUCCCAUAUUUGAAAUGUUUUUUUCCAUUCAUAAACAAUGACUGUGAUUACUACAGUAUGACUUUUCCAUAAAGUUGUCCCUUAACAUGCAGCUAAUUAGGC